AUGGGAUAUUACAAGUACACCUCAGAGUUAGGGAGGAAGAAACAAUCGGAUGUUAUGAGGGCUCUGCAGAGGUUGAGAGCCUUCGAGUACCGCCACCAACCUUCCAUUGUGCGUGUCACUCAUCCCACCUGCCCCGACAAGGCUCACCGCUUAGGUUACAAGGCCAAGCAGGGCUAUGUUGUUUAUCGGGUGCGCGUGAAGCGUGGUGGGCGUAAGAGACCAGUUGCUAAGGGUAUUGUCUAUGGUAAACCUACCAACCAGGGUGUUUCCCAAUUGAAAUUCCAGCGUAGCAAGCGCUCUGUUGCUGAGGAGCGUGCUGGCCGCAAACUUGCUGGUCUCAAGGUUCUCAACUCUUACUGGGUUAAUGAGGAUUCGACAUACAAAUACUUUGAGGUGAUCUUGGUUGAUGCUGCUCACAAUGCCAUCCGCAAUGACCCCAGGAUCAAUUGGAUCUGCAACCCUGUCCACAAGCACAGGGAGCUUCGUGGGCUCACUUCUGCUGGAAAGAAGAACAGAGGUCUAUGUGGCAAGGGACACUUGCACCACAAGGCACGACCCUCCAGGAGGGCAAACUGGAAGAGCAACAACACCCUUUCUCUUCCUCGCUAUCGUUGA